AGACUGAACAUCUCGAGCAUCGAACAUGUUUGUUCUCACCUGGUCGGCUCUGUUUGUCUCUGUAAAAGGCAGCAUUGCUGACACAGGUGCCUCAGCCUGGGGACAACAACACUGUGUUGGAAGAUACUGUGUUACUCUGAGUGAGCGAGAACUAACAGCAGAGGCUGGACUCUGUGUUGUGAUCCCGUGUUCUUUCACUAAUGCUGAUGAGUUUAAACCCCAACAUGUAGUUUGGUACAAAUGUGAAGCAGCUAAACACAGUUGCAGCGAAACUGACAUAAUAUUUCACAGCAACAAAAACACAGACAAAAAAGCUCAGGCUGCGUUUGAAGGACGAGUGUCACGUUUGGAGACUGAUGUGAGUCAGAAAAACUGCAGCAUCAUCAUUAAUGAUCUCAAAGAGUCUGAUUCUGGAUCAUAUCAGCUCAGAGUUACUGGUGUACGGGAUGGACAACAAGAUGGAUUCACAUUCAGUCAGAGAGUAACUGUCUCUGUUAAAGGUAUUAAACAGAAGCCCACAGUAAUGAUUCCCACACUGACAGAGGGACAGCAGGCCACACUGACCUGCACUGCUCCUGGUCUCUGCUCUGGAUCUGUUCCUGAAAUCACCUGGACAUGGAGAGGAGCAGGAGGGACUGAAUCUUACAUUACAGGAAACAGCACUGAUUUCAAGACUGAGAAUCUGACGGGUUUCACACAGAGACACAUCUCAACUUUGACCUUUAAAUCUUCAGCUGAACAGCACAACACCACUGUUACCUGUAAAAUCCGCUUCACAGGUGAAACAACUACAGAAGAGACUUCAACUUUGAAAGUAAACUAUGUGAAGGAAGUUAAAAUCACUGGGGUGACAAGUGUGAGGGAGGGAAAUGUUCUGAAUCUGACCUGCAGUGUUGAAAGUUUCCCUCCAGCUCAUAUUGUGUGGAAAAAAGUUCCUUCCAACACAAACCUUCAGACCAGAAACACUGACCUGCACAAUAAUACUGGAUCUGCUACACUUGUCACCCUGAAUGUGAAAGCAGAAAAUUCUGGGCAGUACAUCUGUAUGGCAAAACAUCUGGACAAAACACUGACUUCAUAUGUCAAUGUGACUCUGACAUGGCAUACAAAGAUACAGAAUGGCUCUGGAUGUGUGCUUCAGUCAGAUGCUUUGACCUGUGUGUGUAUCAGUGAAGGGUUUCCCUUACCUACCAUCAAAUGGCCGCUCCUAGAAAACCACACUCAGUAUACUCUCAUUACUACUGUGUCAAACCACACAGUCAACAGCACUGUCAGUCUAACUGUAAAAAAACAUGGCAACAGCACUGUUGAAUGUGUCAGCAACAAUGGAAAUGGAGAAGAAAGAGAAAACCUGCUGGUCCAAAAAAAACAUGCAGUCUGGCGAGGCGGGAGCGGCUAGCAGGUCCAGCAGGCAUGUGGUGUGGAGGUUAGCUGAAAUACCCGAAGCCAGUCGGUUAAAUCCAAUAACAGACCUUUAUUUGGUGUCAGCAACAAUACACCAUACAAGCCAGGUCUCCACGGCUCCACUCUGUCCGUACAUACAUGUGCGGGGAUCGGUAGUCGCAGGCGCCAGGCCGUUACAACGAAGAACCAUCUAGUUUCAGGUUGGGAUUCCUGAAAGUCAUCAUUGUCUUUUUGACUGGGAAAAAAAAAGAAGAGCUCCAGAAAUUCUGAUGAGACUUUGGAGAUGGAGACACGUCGAAAUGAUAAAAUGAUAUGUGACGGUCCAGUAUUUCAAGGCAGUCAGAUGCUAAACUCAAACAGCGGAAGAAAAGAAGUGCAAUAUGCUACAAUUAAUUUUUCCCUGUUGAAAAGAAAUGGAAGAAAGCAGGAGAGCACGAAGACAGAGUAUGGUGAAAUUAAUAAAGCAGUCAAAGAACAACGUGAAGAUGCUGAAGAGGAAGAUGAAUUGUUAGAUGCCAAAGAAGAUGAGAUGGUGGUGGAGUUGGAGAUGAAAUACCGUGAACCAGAAAAUGAGGAAGGGGGGGACGAAGCAGUGUACUCCAUUGUGAAUGACAUAAUCAGUGAAAUUUGAGGAAUGUUUUACUGUGGAGCUACCUGGGAUAAAAGUUCCUUGAUCUCAUCAGAUGUAUGAAUAAUGAUCUUUUGAACUAUUUCCACAAUGCUGUGAACCUCUACAUGCUACAGCAGGGAACAUGAAAAUUCAUUAAGUCAGCAAAGUGAACAAAUGAAGUUGGACAGAAUUGAAUUGUUCCACUGUUAUUUUGUGCCAAUAUAGUAGCCCAACAUGCAACCACCGCUGUUAUUUUUGCUAUGCUUCAAUUCAAGUUUUAUGUUAGAUAUUUUGUUCAUAGUGGUCAGCGAGACAGAAAAAAUGCUUUUUAAGAACCAAUAUGGUUCCUAUGGGCGAACAUUAAUCAGCAGAAUAAUUCAGGUGUCUUAAUGUCAAUUUUUCUGACUGCAUGGCAUAAUCCUAAUAUUUAUUUUAUUUAGAACAUUUACUUGUCUAUUUUACAUUCAAAAAUAAUGUCAGUACAGUCACAAGACAAAGACAGUAGUCUUUGCUUAUUUAACCUAUGCUAUUUGGUUGCAUCCUUUGGCCAUUCAUUACACUCGCCUGUAGGGGGCAGAGUAAGCCAUUUGUGCCACAAGUCAAGUGGUUAAAAUGGUCUGUUAUGGAACUGUGAGUCUGCUGC